CCUGUUUUCAACCAGCCAUGUUUUUGCAAAUAUCGUGCCCCAAUAUGAAGUUACUAAAACUUAAAGAACUUAUCUGGCUUGCCAUUUGCCUUACGUUGCUGGCAGUUUCUUGCUCAGAGCAAGAUGAAGCGGACUACUGUGCAGAGCUUUCAAUCCAGUCCUUGAGCAAAAUUCUUGGCCAGGCAUUCAAUCCUCGCUACAUGAGCAUCGAUCCGCCGGGCGAACCCGAGGAGAAAAGCUACCAGUUGGGAUACAAGCGAUCGUCGUACGAAUUGCCAUUCUAUGCAGACAGUGACGUGAUCUCAGUCAGCCACUUUCCCGCCUGGGAGACAAACCACUUCGCGUUGGUGGAAAAGAAAGAGUCCUCGAGGAGCAAGAGCCUGCGAACAAGAAGCGCAUUCAUGGAUCGAGUGGCACAUCCGAGAAUCGAUGGCUUCAAGCAACGUCCCUGGGAAUGCUCCUCUAAGAUCAACUGGAUCGACUUAGGCUUAAAUUACUUUCCACGCUAUAUCCGUUCAAUCGAGUGUAUUGCCAGAAAAUGUUGGUAUGAUCACUUUAAUUGCAAGCCAAAAUCAUUUACAAUAAAAGUUCUGCGCCGUAAAACUGGCUCAUGCAUUCGAAUAAACGAUAAAUUGAUUUUGAUCACCGCAGAGAAAUUUGAAAAUGAUUACACGCAGCUCUGGAUUUGGGAAGAAAUAGCGGUUAACUUUUGCUGUGAAUGUGUUAUGCUAUACUAA